UUCUCAGCAAACAAGGCCGCCUGAAGCUCCAAAGCUACGUAGUCUAGGCCACCACCGCCUUGCGUCCGGAUCCCACACACCACGACACCAACAGCUAGCUGCCAGAGUGUGGCUCAGGGUGAUAUCAAGACACAAAAAUGGAUUCACUCAUUCGAACAUUCUCAAAUGCGCAGACAAGCCGUGACGGAUAUCAGCUUGCGCAGACACUAUCGCCUGAUCUCCCACAGCAGCAACUUCAGGCCAUCUGGAAAAGUUGCGGUCACCAUGAUGCCCAGAAUGUCAUAAAGCGCGGGAUUCAGAAUAGCACGUCAGGCUUCGAGAAACUGCCCAAGGACGAGGUGCAAGGCUGGAGUGAUGUGUACCUUGCCUACUGGAAGGCCAUUGGCGAGCUUCUCCCUGCUUUAAACCAGGCGCCGCAGUCUUCAUGGACAAAAGUGUACGAUGCGUGGAAGGAACUACUCUCUGCGUUAUACAGAGGCUACAUCGGUCAGGGGUUUGAAGCGUGGUCAAUUCCGUGCCUAUAUGUCGUGGCCAAGAAUCUGCGCAUCUUCGCUCUGAAAGCCGAUGAGGAGCGCAACAACAACGUAGCCGCCGGAGACACAUCGGGCCAGAUCUUCCAGGAUGACUUUGACCCCGAAUCAGAACAACAUCAGAAACUGGAGGACUGCGCCCGUCAGUUGAACAGGAUCUUCACGCUGUGUCUCAAUGACAGAGCACCCUUGGAGGAGUCACGGAAAUGGGGUAUUUACUAUAUCAUCAAUCUUCUGUUCAAGACGUACUUUAAGCUCAGUUCGGCCAGUUUAUCCAAAAACAUCCUCAAGACAUUGUCGGCUUAUCGAGGUGACAUGCCGCCCCUGUCCGCCUUCCCCAAGUCACAGCAAGUGACGUUCAAAUACUACGAGGGAGUUCUGUGCUUCUUGGAGGAGAAUUAUUUCCAGGCUGAGGAGCACUUGACACAGGCGUGGUCCCUCUGCCACAAGGAUGCCAUGAAGAACAAAGAGCUCAUCCUCACCUACCUCGUCCCUUGCCACCUCCUUACGACACACACUCUCCCAAGCCAAAAGCUCCUCGAGCCGUACCCCCGACUCCAGAAGCUCUUCCUGCCACUAUCCAACUGCAUCAAGAAAGGCGAGCUGCACGCAUUCGACCUGGCUCUCCAGCAAGGCGAGGAUGAGUUCGUCAAACGACGCAUCUACCUGACCCUGGAGCGUGGCCGCGACAUUGCGCUGCGCAACCUCCUGCGCAAGGUCUUUAUUGCUGGCGGGUUCGAGGAGCCCAAGGUGGAGGGCGGUCCGCGGGUGCGGCGCACUCGCAUCCCCGUCGCCGAAUUUGCUGCCGCUAUAAGUCUGGGGAGCAAGCAGACGCUUGAGACGGAUGAGAUUGAGUGCUUGAUGGCGAAUAUGAUUUACAAGGACCUCAUGAAGGGCUACAUAGCACGCGAGCGAGGCUUUGUGGUGCUUAGCAAGAGCGGUGCCUUCCCCGGAACUGGAGUAUAGUGUUCCAAACUGUGAUCGGGCGAAUGCCAGCAGUAGCGGUACAUUGAGUGGACGGAGGGUGACUGGGAGUAGAAUCUGAAGUCCGCUUCUGGAGGUCGGGUUUAAUCAACCCAAACCCUUACAUGGAGAGAGGUAGUCGUGUAGUACUCAUCUUCCUAGGCUGCGCUACUACUACCAGGUGAGUACCGCUCUGCUCUGCUGGUGGCCUGGUGGGUAAGAAGGUCCUUCGGAUAGACA